CUGGUAUCCCGUGGAGCUUGAGUUUCCUAAUCACCUAGUUUUAAAGCAUCUUGUCAACAAGUUCGCGUCAGAAUAAUCAUGGAUUCGCUGUUCGUAGCAAGUCUCCUGUUCUUCUUUGCUGUUGUGUGUUUAAAUCCAAGUUUAACUACAGGUACGCUUUACUGUUUAUAUAAUAAAACUAUUUACCAUAGUGAAAUAAGCCGGUGUUCGCCCGAUAUCGAUCCGAACUGCCCCAACAUGUAAAAUUGUAUAACAUAUUCCGUCCGAAAUCUAUGUUGUCAGCCCAGGGUAUGUAAUUAAACGGAAACCUUGGCGCAACACUUUUAAAUAGAAAUCAAGCAUUUUCCCGGGCUGUCCAGAUUAUCAUAAACUGCGUCAAAAUGCGCAAAAUGAUGAACAUCUUGAGAAAAUAUUUACAUCGGUGAAAAGCAAUCCAGCUCGAUUUCAGUUGUUUGCGCGUCUGGCGUACGCGUUUCACAUUUUUGACUGUGCCCGCGAGAGACGCGCGGACGGCUGCCAAAUCUACUCGUUGAAAUAUACGGAUUGUAGCCUAUAUGAAAAUCUUUAGUGUUAUUAACUAUAUCGUAUGAAUUUGGUACAGUUUCAUUAUCAAAAUAAUAAGACGAUGCUAGAACUAUUUGUGAAACUAUUUAUCACGGCUUGAAAUUCUAGUGUUGUCUACACGAAAGUCAAAUCUCGAGUCACAUUUUGGUUAUUUUUUCCAUCAUGAACAGAAACUAAACGAGGUUGAAAGUUUUCGCGUCAUGUUCGUUCGUUUCAUGUCCAUUCGUUUCAUAUCCAUUGUUCAUUUCUUUUGUGCUGUUUGUUUAUCUUGACAUCGACUUCCUUCAUACAUGCAUGCAUGCAUGCAUGCAAUUCUCUACUAAUCGGGUAAUGCGCGUCUAUCAAGGUUAAAAAAGAUUUAAAGGAGUUUUGGAAAUCUUUAAAAAACCUGAAAUCGGAUUGCCGGGAUUGGCAUUGUUAUUCUACAAGCAUCUGAUUUAAAGCUUCUUGUUUAUCUUGUUACUGUCAGAUCUCAGGUUCCGUAAAAUCUUGGUAUAAACGGCAAACCGCAAACGUGGUGUUCCAUUAUUGUAGGUAAUGAUGAAAUAUAUAAUUGAAGAAUUGCGUAUUAGACUGCCUAAAUCUGUCUAACAUCGAACUACCUGAAAAAUAUAACACUACAUACUUCCAAGCUCUUGUUAAUUCCUCAAGUGCGGAUUACAAAUAUCAUUAUCAUCUCAUAUAUACCAGGACGUUUCAGACAGCCGGAUGUUCAAAAUAAUGUUAUCGAUAUCGUCUCUGUAUUAUAAAUUACCCUUGCUACGAUAGCAGAAUUGAUUCGAAAAAUGGUUGUGUUUCUUAGGUCUUUUUUUUCUCCCAAAAUUAAUUUCAACCAAUUUCAACCGCCUUCACUGUACAUUUGGGGGUUGAUUCAUCUCUGAUCUCUUUGAAAUUUACAGUGUUUGAUAAAAUACUUCAAGACUGUUGGUUUUACAGAAUAUAUAAAUAUAAUACGAUGCAUUCUGUUUGGGAAAUUAAAUCUUAAAAUUAUCGGAGCUUGUAUGGAUUUAGCAAAGAAGACUGAAAAGCCUCUGCUAAAAAUAUAUUUAAAAAAAUGUUUAUUAAGCUUCUGCCUUCUAGUAAUGGAUAAAACGUACAAGCUAGUUAACUAAUUAACUCCACCAUGGACCACUGACGUUAGUUUUGUCAUUGACAUUGUUCAUUAAUUAAAUCAUAUACCUUUGAAACUUUCUAGUUUGAAACCAGAUAGUUCUGACUCCCUCAUGCAUUGUCAUUGAUGACUUCCGCUGUAUUUAAACCCUUGCUAAUCUUUGACAAAUUGCCUGUAGUUUAGCUAAAACAAUCCGCGUUUCGUUCUUAUUAAGAUAAAUCGCAUAAUUUGAACAAGGAGGACAGCACACAUAUGCAUUUGAUUUAAAUCUCAUGUAUAUGUAUGCACCUAUUUUGGGACGUUUAUCUUGCUUGUUGUUUAAAAGAUAACUGCAAGACGAAAUAUAUCGCUAAUUUUAUUAUAGUCUGAAGCUGGAAACCCGGUAAACUUCAAAGCCAUAAAAUAGCCGUAUGUCUCAACUUCAUGAAAUAUUAUUCAUUGUGGUUGCGCUUUUCAUCGUAGGACUUAGUCUUAGCUAUCUCUAUUGAACCGUCGCGUAAUUUAUACGAAAACACAAGUAAACAGUGCACAAAUUAACCAUCACAAAAUUAUGUUGAUAGAAUAUGAUUUUAUCUUGCUAUCCAAAUACAUUAGUCUAGUUUUGCAUUCCAAUCUUACACAAUUAGCUGUGAUAACUGCAAGCUUUCAAGUGUUUUAUAAAACAGUUUGAAUAUCCAUCGAGUUUUCAGGAAAUAUGAAAUUUGAUGAAGCGAUAUUCAAUAAUAUUUUCAGCGAACGCUUCCUAUCACCUAUAUAUUGCAAUGAUAUUCCAUAUAUAGUGACGCUGAUAUAGACCUAAUCUUUAAAUUAUUUUUAUCAAUUUUAAUUGAAAGUUGAAUUUUUAUUGCAAACAUACGUGUUCAGUUCAUUAAAAUCAUGACAGUUCAUUAAAAUUUAAAAAAGGUUAUCCUGUAUACACAUGGAACGAGCUAGGAUGAACCAAAUGUGAAGUAUUAUCAUAUAUUAUGGCGUUUGUCUUUCAUUUCAUAAAUUUUCCUUUAUACUAUAGUCCUUUUAAAUGGCAAGAGAUGUCUAGAAAAGACAGAUUUUAGUUGGAGAUUGGUAUUUGAGUCAAAACCGCAACUUUUUUUACAGAUCAUACGGUCAAAAAAUGUUCCUACUUCGAGCUGGCUCUGGCAAAAUAACUAGAUUAAUUUAUCAUGAAUGAUGAAAGCACAUUUUGCGUUGCCAAACAAAACUUUUAGUCCUACAGAGAAUAUUUCUAGUAAGUUCCCGAACACACAACUUAAUUUAAGAAGAUAAUCUUUUAAUGGUAUAUGCGUCAAACAUUUGUUAAAAUGAUUAUCGCAGCGCAAACAAGCCGUGUAGACAUGUGUUUAAUAUUUACAAGAUUAUAAAUAAACCUCUGCUAUCGCAUUUUUGACAAUCUUCCAGAUAAAACGUCUCAAUUUGCGCUUUGAACAAGCUGAAACCAGCAAUCUAAUCCGACUUCCUUUAAGCUGAAGUUGACGCGUAAUUUCAGGAACAACUUCCUGCCGUAGCACGAUAAUAUCCCACGCUUUUGACAGUUUCUGGAACUAGUUGUUGCGCAAAUUGCUGUCAAAACAAACGCUUCUCGAUUUUUGGCAGCUGAAGCAAGUCACAGUAUGCGCGCUUAAUUCUUACACAUAGGGCUAACACAUAGGUUUAUUUAUUAACGAUCUCUGGGACGGAAUUUUGUUGGGUGAUAACUUUCACCGAAGAAAACACGAGAAAAUCAUCGCUAAAAUCGGCGUGGCCAGCAUGAAAAAAAAUCGACUCGACAUGAGCACGAUCUGCGCAUGCGUGUAAAUUGUAGCGUGUGAUUUAUAGUGAUUUCAACUUUUUGGCUUACAAUACAUAAGAAAACAGAUAUUUCUGACUUGUUUGACAUGAAAAUAAAAUAUUAAUCUUGAAAAUACUAAUAAAAACACUAUUAUAGGCAUUGUAUUAAAUCCAGUGUUAGUUUACAUUUGUUUUUGUUGUUAAAAUCGGUGUGAAAACUUUUCAAAACAUCGAACUACAAGUUUAACUUUUCAUAUAAAACAACUCAUAACUGUUUUAUUUGAUUUAGCAGAUAAAACGAUACCUGUAAAUUGAAUUGAUUGACAGAACUUAUAUAAGUUGCGGCAACAGUUCACUACUGUUCAAGAGUUAAUAGAAGACAGUAUCAUUUCAGUUUGACAGCUCGCAAAACAACAAGUUGAAAAUUUUGAGCAAUAUGAAAGACAAUACUGAACGUAAAUACGUAAAAACACACUAAAAGAUAGGUUAAACUAGUUAAUAACAUACGUACUGUUCGAAUUCAGAAAAAAUUAGGAUUAUAAUGAAAAAAUGGGGCUUUCUUUGUAGAUAAAAACGCAAAAAAACUUCCCACGGCUUGUUUCAAUAUUUUUGCCGAACAGUAAACACGAUUCCACGCGCAGGUCGCGAGGAUGAAGUCUGAUCUAUAUAAAUCGUAUUUAAACUGUACUAACUGUAGGGAGCCACCUCCAAGAUGCCAUUAGCAUGUCGAUGUAUCGAGAUGCAAUAAUAGCUUUUCACAGCGAUACCACACAAAAAAUAUCUUAUCUCAAUCGGAUAAUAAGCCCUACUAUUGCCCAUUCAUUGGCCGGGUUGAACAAAACUGACCUGGACAAUUGGUUGUGGCUUUGCGGGCGAGCAUGCAUAAUCAAUAAGUGGUUUUUAUAGUUCAAGUUUUCUGGUCCCUAGCGCCCCGGUAUACAUAUGCACGAACAAAGUUUCCUUGUCCAAAUUGAACAAAGUUUCCUUGCAAAUAAAGCUGAAAAUACUUGUCAAAGAGAGGGUCAGCACGAAGCUCUAGGAAGAUGUUCUGUGAUUGGUUGAUUAUGAUAAUGACAAAAGAAUAAUCUAUAGAAUGGAUUUUCUAAAGAACAAAGCAAGAACAAUAUUCCUUUUGUUUAUGUAAGCCAAUUACCGUCUUUUGUCAUUGUCGUAAUCAACCAGUCACAGAACAUCUUCCUAGAGCUUCGUGUUUUACUGCAAGGAGAAAUUGCCCGGGGAUUUGGGUCUUUGAGAAUAUAGAAAGCUAAAUAAUAUAGCAGAAUUGUGCAAUUUCUGAUGUGGUUUUACGAUUGCAGUGAAUAAAUAGUUAUUGACUAAAUUUUGGUAUGUUUUGACAGGAAGACGAACAAGAGUUCCAAAAGUAAAAUGCUUCAAGGCGUACAAAUCAGACAGCAAUUCCUGCAAGAAGAGAAUGAAAGGUCGUUACACGUUUACAGAUUGUUGUGAAAAGAAUGGAGGGGUAGCAUAUCAAGUUGGAAAAUCGAAACGAGGCAAAAGGAAAUGUGUUCCUUGCACUACAGGUAAGAAGCAUGGGCGUAGGGAAUAGGGGGGCACUAGGGGAGCACCCCCCACCCCCAAUAUUUGAUAAAGCAGCUCGCUGCAUGUCUAUAUUCUCACAACCUUUCCAAAUUUCCGAUCCUGCAGUCCAAUUAACUUGCUGUUCUUUUAAUAAAAGGACAUUGGCAAUAAAAGAUAGGUUGAAAAUAUGCAUGCACGUUACGUCAAGAGAGGGGUCACGCUAAAUUUUUAUCUUGAGAGUAUGAACGAUCAAUAUGGUUGCUGUCUGAAAUUUAGAAUUGAUUGUAAACAUUUCAAACAAUUUUGGAUCGGUCAUUUUAGAGUAAUUUUAUAUGGUUAACCAAACUCCUGACAACAUAUAGUUAAUGAGGUCAAGAAUUAGACCAAUAUGCCCGUACAGCUUCGUACAGCUCAUUAAUUUUAAUCUAAAAUUCGAGAACCAAAAAUGACAAAUCGGUAAUAUAAUUUUAAGAGUUUCUUUUGAACGAGACAAACUAUUUUUUUGUAGUGCCAAUGUCCAUUAUGGGUUAAUUAAUUUUCAUGCACUGUUCAAAAUAUAUCAGUGUGUAAAUGUGUGUUUGUAGUGGGACUUUUGGCCUGUUGACUGAUGACCACUGAUGCAUUCAACCCUUAUGUUUUUUUUAUCUUUGUGUAUAUUCUAAAAUUUAAUAUCUAUUUGUUAUUUGUUAAUGUAUGAAAAGGUUGCAAAGUUAAUAAAUAAAUGAAUGAUUACCUUUCGGUCUGAUCCACCCUAGCUGACUGAUGGAUUUUUAACGAAUACACCCUUUUCAUAAAUGCUGCCGAUUAAAAAUUCUUUUAUGUGCAUAUAAAUUGGCCCAACUAGCCUCGUUCUCAUGUUAAGAUUUCAAAGGAAUUUUUACCCAGAAACAAGGCUAGUUGGGCAAUUUAUAUGCACAUAAAAGAAUUUUUAAUCGGCAGCCAUUUAUGAAAAGGGUGUAUGGGGAUUCGUAUAUUUCCGUUUAUAUUUCAGUGGAAAACUGGAGUGCCUGGGGAGAGUGGACGAAGUGUAAUUCUCCAUGUGGUCCUGGGGUAUCUAGACGAGUCAGGAAAUGUCUGGACAUUAACGACAUAGGGUGCCCGGGAGGUCGUAGUGAAAAGAAGAAAUGCGUGCAUCCUACUAUACCCAAUUGCGCAAGUAUGUGCUGUAUUUUCUUUUAUUUAUUUUUUAUUAAAGGCGGUAUAUUUAGUUACCCACGCUGACCUCUUCAGCAAAGGCUAUUUCAAAUGGGUUUUCAAAAUAAUGAACAAUUUAUAUACACCAAGCCAUUUCAUAUUUUCAUAGCAAGUCUACGUUGCUUUAAGGUCAGUUAGUCCGUAUUGAAGAUCAUAUAAGGCUGCUUCAGAUUGACCUUGUCCAUUUCUAUACCCUAAUAUCACCUUGGCAGCUCUAUUUUAGAGUGUUUGGAGCUUAUUUGAAAGUGUGGUACUAACUGCCCCUCCUAUACGCCAAGGCAGCAGUAGUCAAAAUAUGCUUCAACCAGAGCAUAAUAGACAUAUUUUAAAGGUUUAAAUUUCACUCGUAUUUCCCUGACAAAACUUUGCAGUGGCCAACCAUGAAAGUGUCACUAAAUAAGUACAGUAUUUUUUUAGAUGAAAUUUUCGGGUGUAAUUUGUGUAUUUUUGUACAAUUUUACACCUAAGCAGGAGCAGUUUUGAAAAAUGCAACUCUAGGCCCUCUGGCAAGAAUUGAACCUGAAUCUAAGGGACGGGUCAUUAUUUAUGGUGGGGGGUAACACCGAAGAGAAAUGUUUUUCGUGGCAAAAAUUUUGCUGACCCAACAUUAUAAAGUAAAAAAUUUGACUGCCCAACCUUGAAAAUCAAUUAAAAAAUAAAUACCCACCCCUGGCCAAAACUUUACAAAAGGAUACCAUUCAAUUGUCACACAUGUCCUUUACCACUUCUGUGACAUGAGUUUGAUAAUGGUUUGUGAACGUUUCUGCAGUCUAAAGUUUCAUAUUGUCUGCACAUGUAGUUUCUUUGGAGACAUCAUUUGUCUCCUGACAAAUCGGAAAAUAUCAAGAUAGUGAUUCUGGCAGAUUUACAUAUUGUAUUGGCACAUGACUGUUGACAUUGCUUUCUAGACUUCAAUAUUUUAGUAAGACAUGCUUUGGAAGUGACAACAUUUUUUUCUUACCCAACCCUUGAGUUUUUUUGUUUUUCAUUUACCCAACCUUUUACUAACUCAAAAUUUUGUUUACCCAACCAUUUUCUCUUUGGUGCCACCCCCCACCAUAAAUAAUGACCGCUCCCUAACCAACUGAGAUAAGUCAGUUGUCGAACUCUAACAACAAGUUCAUUGUAUAUAUACUUAUCUCAUUCGAUGGACAAGCUACAUGACAUGAAAGGGUUUUUAUAUGGGAAUUUCGAAUGAGAAUACAUAUAGCUUGUAUAACAUGUACAUAUUUGUGCGUUUUAACGUGUGUCUUGUAUAUUUUUAUUGCAGUCCAUGGCGGUUGGUCUGAUUGGGGAAACUGGACUAUGUGUUCUGAGACAUGCGGCGAAGGUCUUCAACUACGAUUCCGCAGUUGCACCAAUCCCAAGCCUCAGUUUGGUGGACGAGACUGCAAGGGCGCUAGAGAGGACAAACAGGACUGUAUGGAAACAGAACAUUGUCCAAGUAUGUAAAUAUAAUCAUUAGACUUGGCUGCACGUGACCCUUGGUUAGCUGCUCUUAAUAUGCUUUCCCAACACUAUCAUGUACGAUGUAUUCUAUUUAAAUUAAAACAUAGUUCAAAAACUCAAAUUAACCUUUAUUUUGUUAGGCUACAUCAUAGUCUUUCAAAACAUGAUUUGCACACUCCGCUAAAGUCUUUGUUCUAUCUUUUUGUUCGCGUUUAUGCAGUUUUGUGCACGGUGUACGGUCAAUAAACACAUUACAUUUCAGUAUAAUGAGCGAAUCAUCCAAUAGCAACGUUUCAGUCAGUCAUUCAACCAUGCUAUUUAAAUAUUAAUAAACCUAAAACAAAGGAUAUGCACGGUGUAAGGGGUACGGCUCAACAUAAACACACAGCUCAUUAUAUAGCCGCUUUGAAGUUUACUGACUUUCCAGAAAAUGUCUCGGAAGACAAUGGCUUCAUUUACAUUAUAUCGGAUAGGUUUUUGCUUCGUUUGCCGAAACGUUACGAUUACGACCCCCAAGUGUAAACAGGAUUCCGCCCAAGCUUUUCUAUGACUUCGCCAUAUUUACCAAAAAUAUUGCAGACAUCAAUUUGAAGGAGUGAGUAAGCUAUACCCGUAAAUAAGGUUAGAAUAAUCACGAAUUGAAACUUAUAAAGAUUCCUACCACUUGGAAAGAUUCGGCUACCACCUAGAACGAUUGCUACCGCUUUGAUGAGCUUUGAUGUAGAAAUUUAUACGAUUACAUCAUUUUAUAUCGGAACACAAGCCAGGUACCGAUUUUUGUGGCGCUACGCAAGCUAUAUCCGGCAAUGUAAAAUUUUGAAAGGUAUGCAAUUUAUUCAUACAUCUUUGAUUGCAUUCAUUGCAUCAUCUCUUCCGUUUAGUCGACGGGGAUUGGGGCGAAUGGGGAUCUUGGGCGAGCUGUUCGGUCACAUGUGAUAUAGGAUGGAAUUACCGUAAACGAAAAUGCGACAAUCCUAAGCCUAAGUAUGGUGGAAAACCAUGCAAUCCAGAGGAGGGGACUGGUCGACGAAGUUGUUCCGUGUAUAAGGAAUGCGAUGGUAAGAAUGUCGGAAAGUUUCGCGAUGUGCGCAUGUGCGUUACUAUUUGAGCUUUAUAUAGAAUUAUAUAACUGGAGUGAAGACUUCGAAUCCGUACUUUAUAGUAAAAUAAUGCGUUUAAAUUCGAGCUGGGAAAAUAGCUUGAUGAUGAGGUAAUGCAGUCUAAUAGUUCUUGCUCAGAUCGAUGCUGGUAGAUAUAAAACACGUAUAAGCGUACGGGCCUGAUACUUUUCAGCAUGGGCGUACCGGAAGGAAAAAAUUAGGGGGGCGGAAAGAAAAUUGCCCGACUUUUCGGGAUUCUGCCCGACUAGUACCAAAAAAAUUUUUCCGGAAAAAUUAUUUUGGCGACCUCCCCCCCCCGGAACAUACCACAAAUUUUCGAAAAAUCACAAAAUUUGCCAAAAAAUUGACUUAAUUUUACACAAAAUUGACAGAAUUUGUCCCAUUUUUUUUUUUAUUGCAAACCGAAAUUGCCCGACUGUUGAUCGAAUAUUGCCCGACUGCCCAAAAAACUGGGGGGGGCUACCGCCCCCCCCCCGCCCGGUACGCCUAUGCUUUUCAGCGAGGAAUGCACGGCUUAAAAGUUUGCCCGAAUGUUUGUGGAAUAUUGUAAUGAAAUGACACGGAAUUUAACAUAUUUUGUGAUUACAUUAGCCAAAAAUGUAGAAUUUUGUAUUCAUUUUUCUAGCAUUUGCCCGAAUGGUUUCUAAGUUAACAGCUUGACUUUAAUAUAAACGUAACUGAACUGAGAGCAUUUUAAACAUUUGUGGUUUAUUAGUAUAAACUGCAAAGCUUUCUGUUUUGUACUACGAUACCACAUAAACUGCAAUACCCUGUGUGUCUGUGUGUUGUCCGCACGGUAACUCGAGCAUUAUCAAACGUAUUAUUACAAAAAUUUGCGAGACUAAAGGUGGAGUAAUACGAGCAACAAAAUUGCUGCAACUUGCAACAAAAUCUGAUUUCAACGCAUGUUAAUUGAAAAUGUUCACACAUACAUUACAAAUCACGAGGCAACAUAUGUCAACAUUUUUACUUAACAUACGUUGAAAUCAGAUUUUGUUGCAAGUUGCAGCAAUUCUGUUGCUCGUAUUACUCCAACUUAAAUGGACAUUGCCCAAGGACAAAUAGAUCAAAAUUUUUGGUUAAAUUUUAUGCAUCAUGAGAAAUUAGCAAAAGGUUGUCUGUUUUGCCGGGCAAAGAAAACCGAAUGCCUAAUUGUCUUUUGUAUUUAGUUUAUACAUGAUACAUAAAUUUCAUAUUUCGCUGUGGAGUCUCAGGGCGCGUCAUAUAGUUAAUGUAGUUGCUACCAAGAAAUUAUAAUUUAUCUUGUAGGCGAAUCUUCAGGCUCGGGGUCCGGCGAGUCAUCGGGAUCGUCAGGGGAUGCUUCGGGAUCAGGAUCUGGGAGUGGCGAGGGAUCAGCGGACGAGGCUAGGGACGAAGGCAGAGACAGUGAUGACGACGAGGGAAGCGCGGGGUCUGGAGAGGACAAGUCGGAGAAUGAAAGUUCGGGGAAUAAAACCGGAAGUGAUUUCGAUUUUAAUUAAGCUACCGAUAACAUUGGCUAAAACACAAUUAUUUCAUCCAAUAUAUAUAUAUAGAUUUAUGAAAUCUCAGAGUUAUAGGUCAUUGGCAAUAAAUUAGUUUGUCAUAUCUUGCUUAGUUCUCGAAAUAUUUAGACCGAAAUUAAUGAGCUGUGCGUCAUCUUGGACUAAUUCUUGACCUCAUUAACUAUGGUUUUGAUGAUGUCAGGAGUUGGGUUACCAUAUAAAACUAUACUCUAAAAUGACCGAGUAACAAUCCAAACUGAUUGUUUGAAAUGUUUUUGAUCAUUUCUAAAUUUCAGACAGCUACCAGAAACAAAGUUUUGGACCCAUCUAUUGAUCGCUUACUCUCAAGAUAAAAAAUUAGCGUGACCCCUCUCUUGACGUAACAUGCAUAUCCUCAAUAAUCCAAGAUGGCGAACAGCCCGCUUUUUUCGUUCGAAAUAUUUUGAAAACUAAGCAAGAUAUAAACAAUCUGUAAUAGAGUUUAAUAUAUAGUUGUAAGAGUUCUUUCAAAUGAACUAAACUAAUUUUUUAUUGCCAAUGUCCUUUAAUAAAGUAGUGAAAAAGAGUGUAAAUAUUUUCCAAUGAAGUUUUGUAAUAGUUCAGUUGCUUAAUUAGGUCACGAGGUUGCCGAAUUAAUCGCGAUCAGUGACAUCCCCGGUUAAAGACACCAAUGCCUUUUUGUGUGAUGCAGGUUUUUCAGUUGCACACACUUCAGAGGAUGUGUUUACCAUUUAAGUAAAAUUAAUUCAGAAGUGCUCAUUUACACUGGUGGUAGAACGUACUCAGACCACCUUUUACGUAAUUUUGAAAUCUGAGCUACGUUUCUAGAGUGCCAUUUCUUCCAUUUUGGGGGAGAUUUUAUAAGUAUUCCGAAGGUAGCAAAUUCUCAUUUUAAGAACGCUCUAUUUUAUAUUCUAAAAUUACACA